AUGCCAGUCGAGUUCAAGUCUGCGGCUGAGAGGUACAAGAUCAUUGAUCAAGUUGAUAAAUACGUGUUCUUUGAUGAUAUUUUUAAUUCAAAGGGGGAGACCGCUCAAGACCCAUUAGCUGGGAUUUGGUUCCGUAUUGAGAAGGGCCCGCCAAUUGGCCCUGGAAUUCAUGGUUAUGACGAGAGCGGCGUUGUUUACGAAGGCACUGUUACUUUGAAAGACGAGACCGGGACAGAAAGGAAAUUAGGCCUUGGAGAUAGCUUCUUUAUUCAUCGCGGCAGCAAAGUUCUCUUCUCUUCGGAUGAUUACGGAGUAUGUUUCAAGUGUGCAGCGCGACCUAAGGGAAAAUUGUGA